AGUCCGUGGCUGGUUGUCAAUCGGUGAGGUUGAUUUUGUGUUUUGUGUGACAAAGUGUUGAGAGAGAUUAGUGAAAUUUUGAUUGAAGAAGUACCUAGUCAUGGAUUGUGAAAGUGUUCAGUCGACGUAUGAUUUGAAGCAGUAUUCGUCAGUUCCUAACUACGGUCUCAAGCUCAGAUUCAAUCAUGUUUUCCCGGAGAAGAGGCAUCAGAACAUACGCCCUUCAUUUCGACAAACAAUUCCACUCUUGCCCCUUUUUUACAGGUACUUGUCGUAUUACUGGAAAGUUACGCGUGAAGGCCGUCAAUGCUUAAUGGACUAUUACGAUAUGCAGAAUUCAAAGUGCAUCUACGGUACACCAAUUGGUGGAAUUGGUUCUGGAACAAUUGGACGAGGAUUUGCCGGUGAAUUUUGCCGAUUCAAUUUAAAGCCCGGUCUCUAUGAAUACAACACUGUUGUAGCUGAUCAAUUUUUUGUGACAAUCCGCGAUGAAAAUGAUCAAACAAUCUUCCAAAGUCUUCUUUCAACCUACAGACAAAGAAAUGUAUAUAAAAGAGCUCCGAUAAAUUGCAGUCGCCCAAAGAAUCCAUUAAGUGCGUGGGAGAGCAAUUUGGAUCCUUCCAAGUGUCACUACACCGCUCUGUAUCCCCGUUCCUGGAGUGAAAUUGAUUUAUCUGAGUAUGGUAUCAAGCUCAUUGGACGCCAAGUAUCACCCAUCAUUCCCCAUGACUAUAAAGACACAUCCCUGCCAUGUGCAGUAUUUGUAUGGAGUAUAGAAAAUACCUGUGAUAAGGAACGGAAGGUUUCUAUCACGUUCUCUUUCAAAAAUGGCACAGGAACUAAGAAACAAGAUGCAGAAGGUAACCCCACGACAUUCCCCUUUGGUGAAGGAAGUGCCAAAGGUGUAGCCAUAAAACAGACAAUCGCAGGAAUGGAGUGCACUUACAAUUUGGCCUGCAAAAUAUGCCCAGACGUUGCAAUUUCGCGAUGUCAUAAAUUCGACCCCAAUGGUAAUGGGGAUAAGCUGUGGAAUGACUUGAAGGAAACGGGAAAACUCACGGAUAAGUCUGUGGAUGAAAAUCUAAAGGGGAAGGAUGUGGGAGUUGCAAUCAGUGGUCAGAUCAGUGUAAAGCCCAGUUCUUCUGGUGAAGUAGAAUUUUGCCUUGCAUGGGAUAUGCCAAUUGUACAUUUUGGCAAAAAGCUCAAACAAUAUUCUCGGUACUACACAAAACACUUUGGGAAUUCAGGAGAAGGAGGUCCAAGAAUUGCAAAUCACGCUUUUGUCAACUACAUGAAGUGGGAACAGCAAAUAGAUUCUUGGCAAAGGCCCAUCUUGGAAGAUCCAGAUCUUCCGGAUUGGUACAAAAGUGCCAUUUUCAACGAGCUUUACUUCAUUUCUGAUGGAGGAACCUGUUGGUUCAUCACGGAUUCCAGUGAUAAUUUGGCAUAUGAUGACCCUCGAUUGGCCUAUGGACGUUUUGCUUACCUCGAAGGCCAUGAAUAUCGUAUGUUCAAUACAUACGAUGUUCACUUCUACGCAUCUCACGCCAUCGCAAAUCUUUGGCCUAAUCUACAAGUGAGUCUUCAGUAUGAUUUCCGUGAUUGCAUUUUCUCCGAAGUCGGUGAACCCCGAAAGUCUCUCUAUGAUGGAAAAAUAAGCGCCCGAAAGGCUAAAGAUAGUGUUCCCCAUGAUCUCGGGGAUCCCUGUGAGGAACCCUUCAUUCUCCCAAAUUCCUAUCCUAUUCACGAUGUGGCCGAAUGGAAGGAUCUCAACACGAAAUUUGUCCUUCAAGUCUAUCGGGAUUACCACGUGUUGAGUCAAUUGGCACAGUCAAAUGCAGAAAAUGCCAGCAAGUUCAGCUCAAUAGAAUUCAUUGAUAAGGACAGCCUCUUUGAGAUGUACAUACAAGACAAUAAGCAUCGUUUGUCACCAGACGACAAAGAUAACCGCAAAUCGGCCUCAAUGUACAUAAACGAGACGAAUGGCAAAGUGUACCUUAUGGACGCAAUGGUUUAUCUCAAAGCCAUGUAUCCAGCAUGUAAGGCUGUCAUGGCAAAAAGUCUCGAGUGGGAUCAUGAUGAUGAUGGACUCAUAGAGAAUAGCAAAUCACCCGAUCAAACCUAUGACUCAUGGGUUAUGGAUGGACCAAGCUCUUACUGCGGAAGUUUGUGGUUGGCCAGUCUCCAUUGUAUGGCAAUCAUGGCCAAUAAGAUGGACCAGCCAGAAGAGUGUGUCAAGUACACAGAUAUUCUGGAAAAGGGAAAAAGUUCAUUUGAAGAUAAACUGUGGAAUGGAACAUUCUACAGAUUUGACACGGCUCCAGGGAACAAAGAUACCAUCAUGUCUGACCAACUAUGUGGACAUUGGUAUCUCAAGUGUUCAGGAUUUGACUAUGAACUCUUCCCGAAAGAGAAUGUUCGAUCAGCCCUCAAAGUCAUCUACGAGAACAACGUCAAGCGCUUCUGCAAUGGAACUCUUGGUGCUGUCAAUGGCUACAUCCAGAAUCCUCAGCCAGAUAAGGAUGGGCAUCCCGAUUGGACGACAAUUCAGAGUGAAGAAGCAUGGACAGGAGUAACUUAUGGACUAGCAUCCCUCAUGAUACACGAAAAAAUGUACGAAGAGGCUUUUGCAACUGCUGGUGGUUUGUACAAGAGCCUCUCGGAGCGCAUUGGAAUGAACUUUGAAACGCCUGAAGCUCUGUAUGCCGAAAGGCACUACAGGGCUAUCGGAUACAUGAGACCCUUGAGUAUUUGGUCCAUGCAAAUGGCCUGGGAACGUCGAAAACAAAUCAGGGACUAAAUAAUCCCUACUAACAAAUUUUACUCUGAUGUUUUUUCCUCAGUCAUCUUCAUUAUGUUUCAAUUUCCCAUUUUUUCAGCAACUGACAUUUUUCACAAAGUUUUGUACAAAAAAAAUGCAAAACAAUUCACGGCUUCUUUCGCAAAAUGUAUGCACAAGAAAGUGACGUGUAACUCAAUUUUAUUAAUCGCAAAAAAUAGAGAAAGAAAAGUUGAAGAUUAGAAAAAAAUAGAUCGUCGCUUGCGUCAACAAUUGCUGUAACUACAUUUUUUUUUAUUUUCUCUUUAUUUUCAAUUUUGAAAAUCAAUUGCAGGUUUUCUACCGAAAGUAUUUUAACUAUUUGACAAGGGAACAAUUUGCGAGCUAUUGUAGAUCCGCUAUUUUGAAAUUGGAGCAACAAUAAUUUUUAUCAUAAAUCGAUAUUAUUCACAGUUAAAUACAAUUUAAUAAUUUUCAUGAUAAAACAAAAACUACCUUAUGAUCGGUCAGGUAAUACUACAAACGAGCCACCAUCUCUUAUAAUGGUUCUAUAAUCUUUCUAUGCAAAGAAAAGCAAGCUUAAAUUAUUUGAGUUUCGGGUUUCCCUGAAAAAUCUAAGGAUUUCCCAUGAACUGCUUUAGUUCUCCAUGAAUUUUCGGGACAUACGAUGGAAUCUACAAAUUCCUUGUAGUUUUCUCGGGUUCCCUGGAGGGUCAAGGGUGUCCCAGAGUUCAUACACUGAGAUAAAUCAGAAAAACUUAAAAUAACAUUCUGGAAAUGCUAAUUUUACCCUGCAAAUUGAUCCAAAAUCGGUGUAAAUAUUACGCUUUUUAGGUGUAUUAGGGGUUAAAGUUACCCUUUUCCAUGUUAAUUUUACCCUUUAAAAGGUGUAAAAUUAACAUUGAAAAAUGUUGAUAUAUACUAUUUUUACAUCUAAAAAGUGUUAAAGUUCUGAGGAAAAAAAGUUAAUAGUAUCCUCUUUUUUCUCAGUGUAUGUGUCCUCAGAGUGCUUCGCAUUCUCUCUAGUUUCUCGGGUUAUCUGGAAUCUUUCAAACAUCCCCGGAGUUAUCCGAACGGCUUCCGGUCAAAAUCCCGAAAGCCAAAAUCCCGAAUUGGCCAAAAUCCUUACUGGAGGCAAAGGGAAAAUUUCUGUGUUUUGGGAAAUUAUUCUAGACAUUAUCCUCCAUAUAAUUUCAUUCCUUUCAGGGUUAUGAACAUUCGGGAUUAUGGCGUUCGGGAUUUUGCCUUUCGGAUUUUUGGCUGCCUUCGAUCCGGAGUACCUGGGAUUCCCUGAACUUCCUUGAGUUCCCUGUAUUUCUUCGACUACCUCGGAGUUCGUCAGAUUCCCGGACUUCCCUGUAUUCCCCGGACUGUCUUAAUUUUCCCAGGAGUCUCGAGUUCUCAAAAAUUCCUCUCUUUUCCCGGAGUGGCUUGGGUUCUCAGAAGAUUUUCGAGUUCCCUGUAGUUCAUAGGGUUCUCCGGAGUUCCUUGAGUUCCUUAUAUCGGAUUCAUGAUAAGUUUUUCGAAUUUCGUGUGAUUUUCUCACGUACCUGUAAGUUUCUCGGAUUAACCAUGAGUUCCUUGGAGUUCCCAUAAAUUCUUCAUAUUCCCUAGGUCAACCUGCUGGAUCCGUCAGGCAAUCUGUUAGGACGAAGCCAUUAAGGCAAUCACGUGGAUGAACGCCUUGGACGCCAGAAGUUUCUCCAGAACCCUCAGCGUUCCUCCUAACGAUCUAUUCCCUACGACAACGACCUAAUAUGAACAAACUCUCAAUACUAAUCCUGUCUACGAUACCCCUCACGAAAGAGUAACUCACAGGUCUACACUAGGAACGCUCUUAGGAGAAAUCGGCACCAUUCCGAGAGACAUCUAUGAUGUCAAUUCAAAUAUCGACGAAGGAUUUAACUGUUGAGGAGGACCUAGUAUUAACAAACUUAAAUUAUUCAGGUUCUCCACAAGUUCCUCGAGUUCUCAAGACUUUCUUGAACUCCUAAUGGAUUCCCCGGAUUUUUCAUGAGUUCCUCGGGUUCCCUAUGAGCUCUCGGGCACUUUAGAAACCCGAUUCUCCCAUAAGUUCCUCGUAAGUUAUUUGUGUUUCUGUUGAUUAACCAAGUUCUCCUGUAUCACCGUGAGUUUCCAAGCUAAAUUAAAUCCUUCUUGACCCCUCUAGAUCACACAGAAGAAGAAGAUUUUCCAGUCAUGUAAUUUUAUCAAUACUGUUUGUUGCAUAAACCCUCCUCUUAUGAAAAUAUUAAGAACUUGUGAUACCCAGAUAAUUCCAAUACAGUUUCAAUACCUUUUAAAAAUACUCAACAAUUUACAAAGAAACCAAUUUGAUUGGGAGCUAUGAAGAAGCUCACCAAAAGGAAAAAUAAAUACACUGGUGAGAGAAAUCCGAAAAAGUUAAAAUAACAUUCCGGAAAUGUUAAUUUUACCAUUUUACCUUGCAUUAUUGAUCCGAAAUCGGUGUAAAUAUUACGCUUUUUGAGUGUAUUAUGUGUUAUAUUUACCCUUUUUCAUGUUAUUUUUACGCUUGAAAAGGUGUAAAAAUAACAUUAAAAAAUGUUGAUAUAUUUUUACACCUAAAAAGUGUUAAAGUUACGAGGAAAAAAAGUUAGUCGCACCCCCUUUUUUCUUAGUGUAUAUAAUUCUUUUACAAUAUUCAAAUUUUAGCAUAAACAUGUUUUAAACUUUUUUUUUAAAUUUUUCCUCACAAAAUAAUAGUCUUUUCUUCGAUAACGUAUAUUUUAAAAUCCAUUUUAGUUUCAGUUACUACAAUUGUUGACACAAGCGACGAUAAUUUAGUGAUUUGUAUUACAAUGACAAAAAUUGUCAAUAUUAAAAAAAAGCUCAAGGAAAAUUUUACAAUUCUAUAUCAAUCAACUAAUAAGCCAAAAGUCUUAUCCCACUUCUACAAUCAAGUAAAUGGAAUACCUAUGUAGGUAUUUGCUUCUAACAUUUGCUUUACCGAUUUUGGUGCUUCUUAGAAUAAAAGUAUUUAACGUAUUUCUUUUUUUUCCAAAGUUGCAAUGCAAUUGUGAUUAUUAUUUUCAUGAAAUUUAGCAUCAUGAAUCAGCAACUAUUUGUUUUCUGGUCAUGGUUAGUCCCACUAAUAUUUUUCCAGAUGUGAUUUUAUAUAAUUACUAUUGAAGCAUUUUUUUCAAUGUUGACCAAAAGAAAGACAAUUGCUCUUGCAUUUUAUGCUGUAAUAUUGUGAAUGUGGUAGAAAAAAAUUCUAGGAGUUAGUAGUACAAAAGGGAAAAAAAAGAAGAAAAAUUGAAGAGCUCAGACACAAGCUUAAAAAGCUAUUUUGUGAAAUUAAACAGACAAAAAAGAAAAA